UCAGUUUCAAUCGAUAAACGAGGCCAAAUGCCCGUUGUACAAAAUGUAUUUAAAUAAAAUGUAUAUUUCCAUUGCUUUUCUAAUAUGCGUGAAAUUCGUUGUUUGUGAGGAGAAACCAGUAGUGGAUACCACACAUGGAAAGAUAAUGGGGAAAGUUUUGAAGACGCUCAUGGAUGUUAAUUAUUACGGGUUUAUGGGGAUACCAUAUGCAGUACCUCCUGUUGGUGAACUAAGAUUCAUGCCACCACAGCCUCUGGACCCUUGGGAAGGAGUUCUUAGAACGACCAAAGAAAAACCAGCCUGUAUUCAAUUCAACAACGAUGUUAAGAAAGGACAGUCUCUUGGGCAUUAUGGUUCAGAAGACUGUCUCUACCUCGAUGUAUUCACACCAGCUAUUGAUGAAGAAGAACGAGCAGUCAUCAUGUUUAUAUUCAACGAUCAUUUUCUUAACUCGUAUAAUAAAAGCAAGGACUACGCACCAGAUUUCUUUAUUGAAGAAGAUGUUGUGGUAGUCACUAUAAGCCAUAGACUAUCGGCUUUAGGAUUCUUAUCUUUAGAAGAUGAAAUUCUACCAGGUAAUGCUGGAUUAAAGGAUAUAGUGCAUGGAUUAGAAUGGGUUAAAGAUAAUAUAGAUAAGUUUGGUGGUGAUCCUAAAAGAAUCACUCUAAUGGGACUUCAAGGCGGUGCAGCCGCUAUAGAUUUACUUAUACACUCGAAAGCUAAGGAUCUGUUCAGUGGAGCCAUACUCCACAGUGGUACAUCAUGGACGUCUGCAUAUUUACAAGAAGAUGUCAAACAGAGGGCUUUCAGGCUUGGAGAACUAAUGAAUAGAACCUCAACUAACGGAGUCAAGCUUAUAUCUGAUCUCCAGGAAGUUGAAGCUGAGCAUUUGCUGUCGAAAGACUUGCACGCCAGUCCUUCAGAUUAUUUCAAAGCAACACAGAAGAGUGUUAUAUCAUUCGCUCCGAUUGUUGAACGACAGUCACAUGGUCUUUUAACAGAGUACCCAGAGGACUCAACAAGUAAGAUAGAUAUUCCCAUACUAAUAGGCUUUAACUCUCUAGAAGGAAUGGAAGCAAUGUUACAAUAUCUUGUAGAACCCAGAUUUUUGACCUUCCUCAGAAAAGAUUUCCCGUUACUGUUACCGAGACGCCUUAGGUUCAAAUUUAACCAUAUGGGUGACGUAUACGAUGAAGCCGCUAAAGAAAUCAAGGAUUUCUACUUCACCCGCGGUGAGAUAAAUUAUAAAAGUGCACCAGAUUUAAUUACUUUUAUGGGAGAUGCAUUGACCACCUACGCUAUGGACCAUACAGCAAAAACAUACUCGACCAGGUCAUUAAAACCCGUUUAUUACUAUCAUUUUGAUUAUAACAGUAUUCUUAAUGAAAAUUAUAAUAACUUAAUGAAGUAUGCUACUGUGAAAGAUGGUUUAGUAGGAGCCGCUACUGGAGAUGAAAUGUGUUAUCUAUUCAAAUGUCCUAACCUUAUAAAUGAAUAUAUUAACGUCGAAGAACAUUUGCCAGAAGAGAAAGCAAUUCAGAUGAGUAUGGUUAGGAUGUGGACUAACUUUGCUAAAUAUGGGAACCCGACACCAGGCGGCGACGAGAUGCUGAAAAACUUCAAAUGGCCUCCUUACACCCUUGAAAAUAAAGAGUAUCUCCACAUCGGCAAAACGUUGGAUAUCAAACGCGAUUUAUACAAAAACAGGUUCGACUUCUGGGACCAAUUUAUUGGAAAAUGGGAGCAAAAAGCUGUCGAUGGCAUUGUCACGGAUGCUGUAAAUAAUAAAGAUGAGUUAUGAUGAGAA